AUGGCCAAACGCCGCCGGCUCCAGCGCCAAACCGCCCGGCAGCCGCACCCGAAGCCGAAGCCGCACACCAAGCCGCAAGAUGCGCGUCCCCGCGCCAGCAGGCUGGUCUUGCCCGGCGGGAGGAAGGCUGUCCAGGCAAACAACGCCAACAACGCAAACAACGCAAACAAGAGACACGGCCGGCACACGCCGCCGGCCCAAGUCCCCGUCAUUCCGUUCCAGCCCCAGGACCGCAUCCUGCUCGUCGGCGAGGGGGACUUGAGCUUCGCAGCGUCCAUCGUCAGGCACCACGCCUGCGUCAACGUCACCGCCACCGUCCUGGAGAGGGACCGGGCCGAGCUGCUCGCCAAGCACCCCACCGCCGAGGACAACAUCGCCGUCCUUCUCGGCACGGCGCCCGACGCGCCGCCCGCCACCGGCGCCAGCCGCAGCGACGUGCAGGACGCCGAAGGCGCUACGUCCCCGUCCACGUCUUCGUCGCCCUCGCCCUCGCCCUCGCCCUCGCCCUCGCCCUCGCCCUCGCAUCAACCAUCAAAAGCCGACCGCCCAGCCGCCAACAACACCAACACCAACAGACUCUUGUACAACGUCGACGCGACCCGGCUCCCCGCCCACGUCGCCCGCCCGCCCUACCACCGCAUCCUCUUCAACUUCCCCCACGUCGGGGGCAAAUCCACCGACGUCAACCGGCAGGUGCGGUACAACCAGCAGCUCCUCGUGUCCUUCUUCGCCAGCGCCCUGCGCGCCCUCGCCCCCGGCGGCGCCAUCGUCGUCAGCCUCUUCGAGGGCGAGCCCUACACGCUGUGGAACAUACGGGACCUGGCGCGCCACGCCGGCCUGCAGGUCGACCGGAGCUUCCGCUUCCAAGCAGCCGCGUACCCGGGCUACCGGCACUCCAGGACCAUGGGCGCCGUGAGAAACAGCAAGGGCGAGACGGGGGGCGGCUGGAAAGGCGAGCACCGGCCGGCCAGGAGCUACGUGUUCCGCAGGAAAGGGGAGGUUCUGGAACAGAGCGGCAAGAGGAAGAGGGACGACGACUCGUCCGACUCCGACUCCGACUCCGACUCCUGA